AUGCAACCUGAAAAAUCGAUUUCUCUUCCUCAUGGUCUGACCGGCCUUUCAACCGUUUUUGGUUGUGUGUUGUCUGGACCUGUUGCUGGUAAUUUCCCCGACCUUGAACCCCCUAUGACUGGCAUUUCUCUAUCCCAGGUCGUAGAUAAAUUUUGGAAAAUUGAGGAACUGCCUCAAGUUCUCAAUCCCAAUCCUGAGGAGUUAGAGUGCGAACGUAUUUUUAAGAAUGGAAUCGCCCGUGAGAGUGACGGUCGUUUUAUGGUCCGACUUCCGUUUAUCUAUGAUCGUCCCCAGCUUGGUGAAUCCAAGUCUACAGCGGUUCAGUGUUUCCUAAAUUUAGAAAGACGUUUCAAUGCCAACUCAGAGGUUCGUGAAAAAUAUAUUAUAUUUAUGCGUGAGUACAUAGAUCUUCACCAUAUGUCUCCCAUUUCCUAUAAUCCAUCAUUACUUGAGCAUUAUUAUAUUCCCCAUCAGGGAGUGUUUAAGGCCGACGACCACUCUAAAAUUCGUGUUGUUUUUAAUGGAAGUAGUCCAACCUCUAAUGGUAUUUCAUUAAACCAGUGUUUACACACAGGUCCCAAGCUCCAACGAGAUAUCACUCAUAUCCUUCUUAAUUUCCGUAGACAUGCUGUGGUCUUUGUGACAGACAUAAAAAUGAUGUUCCGGAUGACCUGGGUGCACCCCAAUGAUCGUCAGUAUCAGUUAAUCUUGUGGCGUGAAUCCCCAUCUGCACUUCUUGUUACGUACGAGUUAGCUACAAAUACUUACGGCCUACGGUCUAGUCCCUACAUUUCCAUUCGUACCCUUUUAGAGCUUGCUGAACGUGAGCGCUCAUCAUACCCACGAGCAGCUGCUGUUCUGGUAAAUGAUAUUUAUGUUGAUGACUGCCUAACCGGAGCGAGUUCACUCGGUGAAGCUCAAAUAUUAAAAACAGAACUUCAGUCCCUAAUGGCCUGUGGUGGUUAUGAGUUGAGAAAAUGGAUCAGUAAUGAACCCGAAUUGCUCAAAGACAUACCCCUCGAACAUCUACAGAGUCCAUGUGAAUUUCAUGACCCAGAUAACCCACCAACCAUUCCUGUACUUGGUAUUCAGUAUAAUCCGACUGCAGAUUCCUUUACAUGCAGUUUUUCCUUUAAGCCUCAGAAGUCCCUAACCAAGCGUACAGUUCUCUCCCUCAUCGAUCGUAUUUAUGAUCCAUGUGGAUGA